GUAGAAGGCCUGGAUACGUUUAAUUUUGGGUUAGCGUUGCUGGUUCCGCUUCUAAUUGGCGUCUUUCAUGCCGUGAGGUCAUAGAGCUGAGUGCUGAAAUGACUAACCAUGGCUGGGUCUAAGAUGUGAACCCUCGCUGCGUUCCCGAGGUCUCAGGCAAGGUUUUCAGGUAAUGGAAUGAUCGCAUCGAUAUGACAAUUUGUCUCUCACUAUCUCGUGAUAAGUCGUGAUAGAUAUCUGGUGCCGUCCGAUCUCGUCCUUCUCCAUUGAUGUGCAAUCUUGAAUUUUGAAAGCGACGGAUGGAAGCCAUUGGCUAGGAGUAUGUAUGUCGGCCGAGCGUCCUAAAGUGGGAAUACUGGACGAUAUGAGUAUUAGCUGUAUGGCUCCAGCUGGUUCGUCUGUAGCUUGUAAAGGCCUUGCUGGGGAUGUGCUUUCUCAUGGGUACCGUACGACUCAUGUGUGUGCCACUGAAGCUCGUAGCCUUCAGAAACCAAGAAUGCUGGUAUCAACAAUGCUGCUCCUCAAUUGAGAUCAUGAUAGACUUACGCACUGGCCUUUAGUUGCCCGUAUCGAAUGCUAAUAAGGUGUUUGAGAUUGGCAGACAUACAGCUGUGAAAUGUGUUGCACAUCAAGGACUAACAGCAUACAUAUUGGAGCUACCACUGUACACUUGGCAAACAGUUAAUCAGC